AUGUGGUCGUUCUGCCCCGCGUGCUGAAACACUCCAGAUUCGGGUACGAAAUGUGAAGUUGGUAGUUCUUCCAUGUUUGGUAGGGGCCACAAGAUAUGACAAGAUACGAGAUCCACGGGGGAAAAAUGUACCUUUUUUCGUGACAUCCAGAAUUCUACAGAACUCUUGAGGGAAGACGUAUCCAUGAGUAUUUGACCUAAUGAGCCACCGGUGCACACUAAGGAGAGCCAACAUAUCCAAACAAUUUAUCCUCAUAUUACAUGGACGGGGAAGCAAGCCGGCCAGAAGAGGAACUGAACUACUUUAUUUGACUAGAUAGCUCCCAGUAGGGCCUGAGCCUUAGGAAAAAACCCUAAAGGAGUUUUGGGCACCUCUGGAACCCAGAACUUUCUUUCUUUCUUUUUUUUGGACUGGUUGAGGUGACUGAGUGUAAAAAUGGGGAACCGAUGUUGUAAGUCUGUUAACCCCUGCGAGACCCGGGACGAAGAACAGGGUUUACUGAGCUCCUCGACCACGGGUUCAAAAACCUCAGCCAGGUCGGGAGAGCUGACAGCAGGCAACAUGGGACCCAGUGAAGAUGACAGAGCUGAAGACAGAGCUUUACAUCCAGAUGGACUCGUGGUGACCAAACAGCCAAUCGCCGUACAGGCCGACUCGACAGCAGUGGAUGAACAGACGAACAAGAGCGUAUAUAGCGAGACAAUAACUAUCCUGAAAAAAACGGACGGUACUUCAGAUGUCAGCAACGAGGUCUCGGCUGAGGAGAAAAACACAGAAGCAGUCAAUGCGUCUGAACAGUUAAAGGCAGAAGUUGCAGUACCCCAAGAUGCAACAGCAGAGGAGAAAAAACCAUCAAACUCAACAAAGUCACCUGUGGAGGAAGGUAUCACACACGUCACUAAUGACAUUUUACCUGAGGGGACUGGUGUUCAAGAGGAAACCAACACAGCAUCCGCUCAAGGGAGCUUCACAAGCCUGACUGCGCAGACGUCUGACAGCUCAUACGCUCAAGUGAUGAAAUCACUGAAAGCAGCAGACAGUGCUGCGCAACCGACAGAAAAUGCGCAGACGAACGCAGCUGAGGCAGCCACGCAAAUGAACGACGCAGCAGCGGAGGUUAAAGACGUAACGUCUGCUCCGGCCAAACCAGCGGAGGAUAAGGAGGGUGCAGAGCGGGUGACAGAUACGCAGGGAGAGCCAGACAGGGCGGCUGCGCAGACAGACAGAAAAGCAGCGACUGCGCAGGACACGCCCACCGUAGCGGAGCUUAACGCGAAGGCUGAAACCGGUGAGGUGACUCCGGAAACAGAGUCGCAAAUUCCUGGCAUAGGAGGGGAGGAGACUUCUGAAAACAAGUCGAAAGACCUAAGCGACUCCUCCGCAGAGGCCAUGAAGUGGGAGGCAGGUGAACAGUCAAACAUCACUGCCGAGGAGCGGAUGACAGAGACGGAGAACGCCGUAGCGCUGCCUGGACCGUCCCCCGUAGAUCCUUCAAAAGUGGAAGAUGUCCCAGAGACACCUGCGACAUCAGAGGGUCCCAGUGUCGCUGAAACUGAAAAGGACGAUGAACAACCAGAGGGUCCAUCGUCUGAAGCGGAAGAUGUGGUGGCAGAAAAGUCCUCUCCUACAGCUCAGGGACUCAAUGAGCGUGUGUCUGUUGAGGGAGUCAGCAGUGACCUUCCUGCUCCUGACAGCGAAGAAGGAGCGUCGGAGAACUCUGGCACUUUGGGUGCCGAAGACGGCACUCACGGACGUGACGGAACUUCUCCAGAGGCUGACAGCGUGGGAGACGGCGCAGAUAUCACUGCGGCUCUGGAGAAGAAGCAGGUGCUCACAGAUCAGGAGAGGGAACCUGCCGACCAGAGCCAGAACGGUCUAAACUCCAGCGGUCCCUCGUCACCCUCCAACUCGGCACACAAUGCAUCAGCUGCUGAGAUUUACAAGAGGGAGUCCGCCGAAGAGACGGAGCUGGAGACGCAGCAUGACACAGUGGGACUGAGUGAAGCAUGCUCCCUGGGCGAACUUGUACAGGACCUAGAGGAAGGAGAUCACCAAGCUCCGGAAGAUGGGGAGGAGAAGAGAGAGGAAGAGAGCGUUACCAAGGAAACCGCUGACAGACAGGAUACGGAAACCUCUGAGGACCAACAAGAGGACCUCGCUUUCAAGAAAUUCUCUCCUGUGAAAGUGGAGGUGAUACCUGUUAAAGAGAAAGACGUCGGCACAGCAAAUGAAGAGGAGGAGGGGGAUGAAGAUUUAUAUCGUGGAGCCGAAGAGAUUGAAGGGGACCAGGGCAAAGGAGAGCAGUCAAAGCCACUCCUUGAGAUCACAAUUCCUGGAGUGAAGGACAGAUGCAGCCUGGCUGCCGCUGUAGACAUCCUGACUUACAGCGAGAGAGAAUGGAAAGGCAACACGGCCAAAAGCAGCCUCAUCCGAAAGGGCUAUGCGGAGCUGGCCCAGACCUUCAGCAGCCUGAGGAGAGUGAGAGGAGAUAACUUCUGUGCCCUGAGAGCCACACUGUACCAGCUUCUCUCCACCAGCACGGAGCCUCCUGCCUGGCUCCUGGAGGAGCACUUCUUAUCUUUGCCGGAGAAGCUGGAGGAUCAGGACAGGCUGAUUGGAGGCUGGCUUUUCCCCAAAGAGUGUGCGCAGAUGGGAAAGGACGAGGACUCAGUGGGGCAGCUCAGGCACUUCCUGGAGCUCUUACAGAAAAAGUGGCAGGCUGCGGCAUCAGCGGCGCCAGGCUCGGAGGAGAGGGAGCGAGUGUGCGAGGAGCUGUUUCAGUCUGGGGAAGAGGAGUAUGGUCUCCUGGAGGCACUGAAGUUUCUCAUGCUAGCCAAGGCGGUGGAGCUCCACGGUAACAUGCAGGCAGGACAGGAUGUACCCGUCUUCUGCUGGCUUCUGUUCGCUCGUGACACCUCACCGUGUCCUCGCACCUUAUUGGUCAACCACCUGAGUCAGAUUGGCUUCAGCGGUGGAGCGGAACAGGUGGAGAUGUUUCUCCUGGGCUACGCUUUGCAGCACACCAUCCAAACCUACCGUCUUUACAAAGCAGAAACAGAGGAGUUUAUAACAUACUAUCCCGACGAUCAUCAACAGGACUGGCCCAGUGUAAGUUUGGUUACAGAGGACGACCGUCAUUACAACGUCCCUGUUAGGAGGCCUGUGGAACCCCAAGUCAAUGAUGACCUCACUGUUCUCUGAUUUACACGAUUGGCCGAGGGGAGAGGUGGCCGCAAGCCGAUUGGACGAACAACCCCCGAUGGCUUUUCUGUAAUUUUGACCAGCACACUUUUUACUGCGGUUAUCAGAGCUGGAAAACUCUUCGGAGCCUAACGGGCUGCCUGUAACUGCCAAGAGAAAGAAACAGUAGGGUUUGUUUUUUUUCUUCCCCACCCCUGUCACUUAAACAAUUGCUGCAUAAAAAA